AUGGGUUGGGACCAUAAUCGCGGCGAGAGGGUCGGAGAGGGCCUCGCGGCUGGCCUUGGCGCGGCCGCAAUCGCUGCUGGCGGUGUCGGCCUCUAUGAGCACGAGCACCACAAGCACGAGCGGCACGAGAGGGAGCGGCGCGACGGCGACUACGACAACAACAACUGCGAUAACAACGGCAACUGGAACAGCGAUGGCAACAACUGGAACAACGACAACGGCAACGGGAACUGGAACGGCGAUGACGGCCGCCACCACCACCGUGACCGAGACGACCGCCGCGACAGCGACAACUAUAACAACAACCAGAGCGGCGACUGGGGCAACAAUAACAACAACAAUGGCGGAGGUGGCUGGAACAACAACAAUAACAAUGGUGGCGGCUGGGAUGGUAACAACGGCAAUAACGGUGGCGGCUGGAACAGCGGCAAUAACAAUGAUGGCAACUGGAACGGCAACCGGAACGGGAACGGCAACUGUGGCAAUAACAACAACUACGGAAACAACAACAACAACAACUUCGGCAACAGCAACUGGUAG